AUGAAGCCAGGGAGUGGCAGCAGCAGCAGCAGCAAGAACAACAGCAGCAACAGCAGGAGCAGCAGCAGCAGCAGCAACGGCAGCAGCAGCAGCAGCAACAGCAGCAGCAGCAGCAGAAGCAACAGCAGCAGCAGCAGCAGCAGCGUCGGUGGCACCUGCUGCGGUGGAAGUGGCGCGGUGCUGCUUUACUUGCUGCUCGUGAGCUGUGUCUUCUUGUCAGCGCACCAGCAGCAGCAGCAGCAGCAGCAGACGGCAAGUCCACGGCUGCUGCUGCUGCUUCAGCAGCAGCAGCAGCAAGAGAAGCGAUUGCAACAGAACUCGCAGUCCCGGUGGCGCUGUCGCUGCACAACCACGUGGUCUAUGCUGCCAGCAGCAACAGCAGCAGCAGCAGCAGCAGUUGCUGCUGCUGCUGUAUGGGCCUCUACGCAGCAAAGUGGCUUAGCGUGCUGGUAGGGAGCAGUCUGCAGCAGCAGCUGCUGCUGCUGCGGUUUCAGGGUCUUUCUGCAGCAGCAGCGGAGCUGCUGGAGGAGCAGCAGCAGGAAGAAACCCCGGAGCCGUCCAGCAGCAGCAGCGGCGAAGCGAGCAGCAGCAGCAGCAGCAGUUUGUUCUCCAGCAGCAGCGCAGCAGCAGGAGAGAUUCUCCUGAGCCAAACUGAAGCAGCAGAAAUGCAGCGCCAUUUUGCUGCUCUUGAAAUGAUGGAAGUGGACGGCUGUACAGACGCCGCAGCAGCAGCGCCUCUCCCAGCUGUCUUCAUACUGCAGCAGCAAACCAGCAGCAGCAGCAGCAGCAGCAGCAGUGAAAGAGCAGCAGCGGGGGAGCCUUACGGGGCGGCGGAGCUGGCUGCUGCGCCCAAGGCAGCGACACAAGCGAUGCUGCGGCAGCAGCAACAGCAGCAGCAACAGCAGCAGCAACAGCAGCAGCAGGAGCAGCAAGAUCAGCCCGCGCCAUUCUCGCCAGAGAGCCUGAGGCAUCGAGUUGCUGCUGAAGUCCUACAGCGCCUGGUUGCCAAACCCAUAAGCAGCAGCAACAGCAGCAGCAGCAGCAGCAACAGCAGAGAGCUUCAAAGCAGCAGCGCACGAGACGUUCUUGCCCCGCCAACUGCCCACGAACCUGCUGCUAAAACCGCAGCAGCAGCAGCAGCAGCAAGAACAGCAGCAGCAGAAAGCUGGGUGGAUGCUCCUCCCGAAGUGGGCGCACCGAAGCCCCCAGACAGCAGGGGGACCAGCAGCAGCAGCAGCAGCAGCAGCAGCAGCAGCAGCAGCCCGCUAGGGCUUUGCUCGAAUUUGCAUUUGCUUCCAGCGUGGCUGAAGAGCCUCCCGGAGUUUGUCGACAGGCGCAUGCAGGCAGGGAGGUUGGGGGAGCUUCUAGCCUUCACCAAGAUUGUCCCUCAGGAAGUUUGCAAGCACUUCGGAUUUGAGCUGCGAGACAUUGUGCAGGUGCUGCUCGCAGUGCUGCUGCUGUUGCUGCCGGUUUGCUGCCUAGAACAGGAAGGAAACACCAUCUGGUCGGUCUCCAGAGAAUCCGCCGCUGCAGCAGCAGCAGCAGCAGCAGCAGAUGGAGCAGCAGCAGAAGAUGGGACAGUAGCAGCAGCAGCAGCAACAGCGGCAGCCACAGAAGUCACUUGCAUCUGGUUGAAUGGUGAAAAAGAAUCGGGACUUCCGUUUGAUUUGCUGCUGAAGCUUAAAAACUGCAGCGGCGGCAGCAGGAGCAGCAGCAGCAAAGAGCAGCAGCUUUUUAUAGAGGUUAAGGCUUCUCUCCUUGACACCUGGGAGUUUUGCCUAUCUUCUCAGCAGCUGCGAUUUGCUGCUGUGCACCAAUCGGACUUUGUGGUUUUGAUGGUCUCAUCGCUGCGCUCGGGGGCCCCCCGGUGGGCAGCAGCAAAUGGAAUUUCGAAGUGUCUCUUAAAAGCUGCAAAUGACAGCGAAGAAGGGGACUUGGAGCUGCUGAACGUGCGGUGUCGCUGCUGCCGGCCUUCCCAUUCCCUCGCCCAAAGCCGAGACCCUUCCUGA